AUGAGGAAUAAAACAAAUGUGAAUGAAUUUAUUAUUUUGGGAUUCUCCAGUGUUCAGGAAUACCAGAAUCUUUUUCUUGCAUUCUUCCUAACAAUAUAUCUCAUCACCCUCACAGUGAACAUUUCCCUCCUCACCAUAAUCAGACUGAGUCUAGAACUUCACAAGCCCAUGUAUUUCUUUCUUGGUAACUUGUCUUUUUUAGAGCUAGGUUACAUCUCUGUGACUGUCCCUAAGAUUAUUAUGGAUAUUGUCAGGCAAAAUAAAAAUAUUUCUUUCUCUGGAUGUUUUACUCAGCUUUUCUUUUUCACCUUCCUGGGAGCAACUGAAACUAUUCUUCUUGCAGUAAUGUCCUUUGAUAGGUAUUUGGCAGUAUGUUUCCCCUUGCGUUAUUCUAGUAUCAUGACCCAGAAAGCCUGUUUUGUCCUGGCUGCUGCCUCAUGGGUGUUUGGUUUCUUAACCACCUCAUGCCCAAUAAUAAAAAUAUCAGAGUUACAUUUUUGCAAUGCCAAUGUAAUUAACCAUUUUUUCUGUGAGGCUGCCCCUUUGCUUCAGUUGUCCUGUUCUAAUGCAGAUUUUCAAGAGUUGUUUGUCAUUGUCUGUGCAUCUACAGUUAUUCUCUCCUCUGUUAUCCUCACUAUGACAUCUUAUGGUUGUAUCUUAAGAGCAAUUUUGAAGAUCCCAUCUGCCACCGGUAAACACAAGGCUGCUUCUACCUGUGCUUCUCAUCUAAUAGUAGUUACUACAUUUUAUUCAACCAUGUUUGCUAUGUACAUAAAACCCACAGCCAGUGAGGGCUCUCUUAAUAAGAUAAUGGCAUUGUUUUAUGCUGUGUUUACCCCACUUGUUAAUCCAUUUAUCUACAGUUUAAGAAACAAAGAAGUUAAAGAAGCAUUUUCUAAGCUUGUAAUAAAGAAAGGGGUUCUCUAA